AUGAUCCGGGUCAUCAAGGACCUGCCCCCGACCCCGACCCCGACCCCGGCCCCCCUGCAGAAGAAGCUCCCUCCGGGCCUGCUCCCCGCCGACUCGCUGCUGCCCGGGCUGGGCAGCCCCCAGCUGGGCCCGGGCCCAGCGCCUCGGCCCCCGCGCCCCCGCCGGGGCCGCUGCCUCUACGCCACCCCGCAUGGACCGGACACCAGAGCUGCCCGCUGCCCGCCCUCCGGCCGCCUGCCGGCCAAGAGGAAACUGGAUCUGGAGGGGAUUGGCCAACAGGGUCUGCCUGGGUUCCGGACACCUAAGGGCAAGCACAGUCCGGCACCUGGACUGCCCAGCCCCAAGACCCCCAAGUCUCCCGGGGAGAAGACCCGCUACGAUACGUCACUGGGGCUGCUGACCAAGAAAUUCAUCCAGCUCCUGAGUGCGUCGGACGACGGCGUGCUGGACCUGAACCGCGCGGCCGAGGUCCUGGAGGUGCAGAAGCGCCGCAUCUACGACAUCACCAAUGUACUCGAGGGCAUCCAGCUCAUCCGGAAAAAAUCCAAAAACCACAUCCAGUGGGUGGGCACCGGGCUCUUUGGGGACUCGACGGCGGUGAGGCAGCAGCAGGCGCUGAGGCGGGACCUGAGCGGAUUAAGCGCGGCCGAGCGCUCGCUGGAUGAGCUCAUCCAGUCCUCCACCACCCGCCUGAAGGACCUGACCGAGGACCCCAGAGAACCAGAGAUAGACAUCCGGGCCAUCAGCAACUUCAGGGAACAGACGGUGAUCGCCGUGAAGGCCCCUGCCGAGACCCGGCUGGAGGUCCCGGCCCUCGAUGAGGAGACUCUGCAGAUCUACCUGAAGAGCACCAAUGGGCCCAUUGAGGUGUACCUGUGCCCCGAGGAGGUCUCGGACGAGAGCCCCAGCCCGCCAAGGACGGCGAGGACCGUCCCAGCGCCUGCAAGCCUCAGCCCCCGAGCCGCCGCCACCGAAGGAUUCAGCGUCUUCUUGGAGGCCAAAGGGCAGUCUGGUGUGAUCGGUCUCUGCCCACCUUCAGGUGACCCCCCGAAGCUGGAGCUGCCCGGCUCCUGCCUGGACGUGGACAUCGGACUGCUGGACCUGCCCCAGAGCCUGCUGCCCCAGACGGAGGACCAGUUGGUCUUCGGGGGCCCUAUGACCGGUUUCUCCCCCCAGCUCGACCACGACGAUUACCUGUGGGGGCUGGAUGAGGGCGAGGGGGUCAGUGACCUCUUCGAGUCCUAUGAUCUCGGGGACCUUCUCAAGAACUGACCGAGACCCUCGAGUGACUGAUGGGUGGGACGGUCUGACCCUGGGCCCUCUCCUUGGUGGAUCAUGGUGGGUGGGCUGCCACUGGUUUGUGCCCUCCCCUUCCCCUGACCUGCUUCUGGGUAGGAGCCUGCGUGUAGCCUGCUGGAGGAUGGAUUGGUUCUCUUCUUGUUCCAGGGGGCUUGGGCUGGAGGGGUCAGAGCCCUGCCGGGACCCACAGUGCACUUAAUACUUUUUAUUUAUUUAGAGUUGAAGGUUUGGGUUUGUGUCAUGAGUGGGUGGUAGCCCCCGGGGUCCGCCGAGCUCUCGUGCUCUCCUCCCCACCCAGUCGGCUCGCCCAUGGAGCGGGGAAGGAGUCAGCUCCUUCCAGGACCCUCUAUCUUUUGGGCGGCCCCGGGGCAGGGUACUCAGCCACCCGGCCCGGACCGAGGGGACGGGAAUCUUAGGCCAAUCUGUGGCUGUGUAGAACGGGAGGAAGGCCAGGCGCCCCCUCACAGGGUGUUGGUGGGGAGGGGUGGUGGGAUCCCCUGGCUCAGUUGAAGCUUUUGGGUAUGUCAGGUGAUUGGUUUUCCAGGGAGGUGGGAGGGGGCCGGGGCAGGGUCAGACCCGUGUACUCAGCGGAAGGCUGUGGGGACCAUGAUCGGGGCUCCUGUCCUGGGAUGGGAACUGGGCCUGGGACAUCCUGCAGGGCACAUGGGGACCACCCACCCACAAAACUGGGCCUAGAAAGGGCCAGAGUCGGGUCUUCCACAGCCCAGUCUGUGUUGGGAGCUGCCUCCAUUAUAUCCAGGCCUUUGGCACCUUGCCUGAUGCCCUACCUCACGCCCGGGGAUGGGGGCUGCUCUGUGGCUGGAGAGGAGAUGGAAGCAAUUGACUGGGGCUAUCCACGGAUUUUUACUAUAUGUUUCCAAGCAGUGGGGGGGGGGGUACAAGAUUUUGGUAGAGGGUCCAGAAAUAAUCCACUUUGUAGGGGGAGGCCCCCUCCACUUGUGGGGUGGGUUUGAGCUUGGACAGGCACGUCCAGCUUGUCACCUCGUGCCCCGCUGACCUUGCCUUGCUCCCUGACCAGAGCUCCAACCUUGGUGCAGCUAGGAGAGGGGGAGUUGGGCUUGGAGAAGUCUUAGGGGAACCACCAGAGUCCUACUUUUAGCAAGCCAGCCAGCCCAGUGUUGAUCUGGCUGCAGUUAUGUAUGUUUCAAGCAGGAUCUCAACUAUGUCUUAAAUGUGUUGAGGACUGGACCCAAACCCCUCCACCCCCCAAACGGGCAGACCAGCCUGGGGCCGGGAGAGGUGUAUCUUGUACAUAGUUGGGGUUUUGCCUGUUGGGGAAUGUUUCAGUCGUGGUGUAACUUAAGCAUUUUAACUUAACGGAGUGUGUGUGUGAGUGUGCAUGUGUGUGUUGUGGGGAGGGGAGCUGGUGGGAAGUUCUCCCGGCCCUGCCAUUGCUUCCCGGACAAACCUAAAGCAUUAGGCAGAUCCAGACGGAGUACCGGAUUGAGGCUGCCUUGUACUGGGCCCAGGGGGCCCGUGGGGGGUGGAGACCUUUGUGUUCCAUUGUGAAUAAAGGUGAGAACCGAGUGAA